AUGCUGCGGGUCCAAGUUCGCCCUAAACCUCGUCUUCCAGCUACUCCUCCGGCCGAGGCAGAGAUCACGGCGGCAGCGGCGCCGGCGGCGGCACCCGUGGCGAACGGCGGGGGGGGUGGUAGGUUAGCGGGGGCGGCGGGCGGAACGGCAACGAGAUCCGGAGCUGGCCGGUUGCGACGGGCGGCGGACGCGGGUGCUGAUGGGUCGGGCGCGGAGGGGCAGCAGGGUGAAUCCCUCCGAGACAUCCAGUCACGCCUACAGCAGGUGGACACUCUCUCUGCCAAGAUCGACACUGCCAUGAUGGCAGCGGAGGACCGGUUACCGGCGGUCGGAGGGAUGGCGUUGACGAGGGAUGUUGACUGUCGUCGUCGUCGGGUGCCGACGGCACGCCUUCAGCAGCACUUGACGGAUGUCCAGCGCCACUCCCGCCAGCGCGGAGUCAGAAAAAGCGACUCCCGGCCACCAGAAGACCAACAAAACAACGCGGCUACCGCCGCCGCCGCCGGUGCGUCAGCGGCACCGGCGGCUCCCAAUCCUUCCGCCACCAGAUCGGUCGACCGAAAAUCGGGGGGUGGAGGUGGUAGACAGGGCGGCGGGGGCAGGAAUAGCGAAGGCGGUGCUGGGAGCAGUAGCCGAAAACGGAAGGUACCAGAAAAUGGCACCGUUGGUGCUGCCGCCGCGGGUGCUUCGGCCGGCAACGCCAGGGGUGUGAACCCACCUUCCGGAUCGGGUAGUGGCAGCAGCAUUGGUACCGGCAUCGCUAGCAUCAAGAGCACCGCUGCUGCUCAGGCGGGAGCGCGCAGAAUAAACGGGACCCAGCAUCACCAGGUUAAGAAGCGAGAGGACUCAAAGGGGACUGCGAUGGCAGGGGCGGCUGCUGGUGCGGUGCAGGCGAAGGCGGAGGUGGCUAGGACAUGGGAGGAGUGUGUCGACGAGGGAGAAGCAUUCGUGACGGCGAUGCUGGCAAGCGUCGUGCGAAGCUUAGCGGAAGGUCCUAAAACAGAGACCGAGCUGGAUCAGUCCGUUCGUUCCGACAUGGACGCCGGUCGGGCAGCCGCCGGCCUUCCCGUGGCCAACUGGUCGGAGUCUCACAUGGUGAACGUCCGGCUGGUGGUUGACGUGCUGAUCGCACUCGGGCUGGUGAAGUCGGACUAUAACACGGUGGAGCAGUCGGCCGGGUGGCCGAUGGACGUGCACCCUCCCAGCGAGAGCCACGGCGGCGCGCCGGCGCCGUGCUUCUGCUCGUCGGUGAUGCGGCGUGCCAUGGCGCGGCACACCAAGAUGGCGACCCCGGCCGUGCCGGCCGCGUUGCCAUCGCUCACCGCGUCUUUCCCGAUCGACCCGUUUCAACUCGGCAUACCGUGGAACCCGGGGUCGGGCGGGGGCGGCGGCGGCGGUAGUGGCGGCAGGUACGACGGCGGCGGGGUGUCGGCCGCGACCUCCGCGAAUCGCUCGCCCGUAGGCGGCGGCAACAACGCGGCGGUUUACGGCGUGCCGGGCCAGGUUGGGGCGCCUUCGACGGUGGUCGCGCGGGCGGCGGCGAUGCAAGGGGGGCGGCUUACGGGCGGAGGGGGGGCGUUGUCCCCGAAGAGGGAGAUCGAGGCCGGCGGCGGCGCGGGGUUGCCGGGGAGGUUGCUGGUUGAGCCCGCGGCGCCGGUGGCCGCCGCCGCCGCGGCUUACUCGGCCGCGGCGUGGUGCGGACACGGGAGCACGGCAGAUCGUCCCGGUUACAGUCGGCGGGCGGGGGGACUCAGCGGCGCGGUGUUUGGUGCCGGAUCAUCAUCGGCCAAGGAGGGUCCUAGCGUCAGCUGGCAACAGCAGCAGCGGACCGGGCGCGGCGAGACGGUGGCGGCGGUGGCGGCGGCGGCGGCGGCGGAGGCGUUGCCGUCGAUGCUGUCUCCUGCCUCUUCGUCAUUGGCGAUUGAAGGAACAAUACCCGGAAACCACGGCAGCACAACAGGAGGCACCGAUUCGUCAGGAGGAGACGGGCCAAGGCAAGCGGUGCUGUCGGGACCCUCCCCCGCCACCACCAGCGUCGCCUGGCACCCUUCCGCAGGAGUGCCGUCUACGGGGCCCCCCUCUUCCGGUCCGCCUCAUGGGACGAUUCCGCGAGCCCCCCCGCCCACGCCGCUCUUGUCGACGACGACGCCCCCGCGAACAACCAAUACGGCAGUGUCUGUGGGUGGGGUUGGGGUUGGUUCAGGGCCAGCGACGGUUGCUGUGAGUGCGGGGUGGGAGGCGCGUUCCCGUGCCGUGGAAGGCUUGCCGGACCCCUUGUCCUUGACGGGGCUCACCUUCGAAGGCGUAUUUUCUCCGUCUCAGGAGCGUCAGAAACUAGCGCCGCUGUUGAACAUGUCCGGCGGAGGCGACGGCACCGCCACCCGUAGCCACUCCCUUUCUUCUCCGACGACCUCCACAUUUUCGGUCGGCACCCUUGGCGUGCCGUCGCCGGCCCCGUCUCCGUCCAACCUAUCGGCCAUCGCGGGCUCCAACGACACCACCGCCGCCGCCGCCGCCGGCAACAGCACCGCUAUGGAGCUCGGCGUGGUGGACGCUGGGAGCGGCGUCAAUGCGUUCGCCCGGUCGCCGGGGGGGGGGGGCACGGCGGCGGCGGUAGCGGCAGCGACGCCGCAGCUUGCUUCCACUUCUGGUGGGGGGGAGGGGAGCGCUGCUUCCGAUGCGGGCGGGGCGGCAAAUAUUUCAGACAGUAGCAGCGUGGGCGGAGGAGGGGUGACGCAGCAAGCCGCCGCGGCCGCUGGAAGCGGGCUUGGCGUGGCUGCCUCCGCCGCCGCGAACGCUGCGAUGGUGGUGGCCGCGAGAGGGACUGGAGCGUCGGUGUCACCGGGGGUUCCGCUGGAUGUUGUGGCACUCGGGGAGCACCUGUCGGACGAGGCGAAAGCUCUAGCCGAGGAGGGCCUGUUCGACCUGGUGCGAGACGCGUGGGGCAGCGAAGCGUCGGAGCGCGCGCACUGUUACGUGGAGGAAGAGGCGGUGCCAUCCCUGCCGGUUGACGGGCGAGCCUUCGCUUUGGCCGUGGAGGGCCGGCUGGAACCGGGGGGGGAGGUGGAGACCACGUACGGGAAGGCCGCGGUCGAGAUGCUGCACCUGUGGCUCCACCUCAAGAGCGACAACUGGGUACGGUGGCGAGAGACGCAAGACCGCCGGGGUGCCGUGGACCCGUCCACUGCCGUCGCCGCCGCCGCCGCCGCCGCCGCCGCCGCCGCCGCCGCUGCCGCUCCAGACGCAGCCCGUUCCUCUUCUGCGGCUGCCGCCGCCGCCGCCGCCGCCGCCUCCGGCAGCGAUAAUAGAGACGGUUAUUCAGCGGCAGCCAUAACUCGCGGGAUAGGCAACAAUGCCUCCGGCGCGCAGCCGCUGAGGAGAGCCGGGGGGGGUGGGGCUCGAACCCCGGUCAGAAGAACGUCCUCCGUCACCCGGGGCGGGAAUCGGUCUCGAGGGUCCGCGGGGGCGGCGGGUUCUAAGUCCGGGAAGAACGGCGGGGUUUCCUCCAAGCAGAAGGCGGGGUUUUCUUCGGGGGAGAAGGGGGCGGGGUCGGACGGCGAGGGCGGGGAAGGGCCGGCGGCGGCGGGCGGAGCGAGCGUUGUUGCGACCAGGAUAAAGCGCGUGAGGUAUCGGUUGGACGGGGAGCACGAUCGGGUGUUGGCGAACUGGGAGGAGCCCGCUCGGAAGGCCCUGCAGCUGGAGCUAGACGCCGCACGCCUGGCCCUCUGCGAGGAGGCGGUGCUUCGAGACCUUCUCCGCCGGUGCGGGAUCGCGCUGCCUCCGGGGUAUGCCCGCGCGGACGCCGUCAACAAGCUCCGCGGCGGCGGCGGAGGCAAGAAGGGGGGGGGUCCACCCCCGACGCAUCCAUCCGCGGUGCCCCCAGAAGUCGGCGGCGGCGGCGCGGCCGCCGCCGCCGCCGCUGCUACUGCGGGUGCGGCGGGUGCGGGGGCUACUGCAGCGGCGCCUGGAUCGAGCGGCAGGAGGGGCAGCGGGAGCGGCGGGAGUCGAGGGCCGUCGCGGUCUAGGGGGGGUAGGGGGAGCCGGGGGAGCACGCGGAGGGGUUCCGUGUCGGGGUCGUCGAAGCAAAGGGGUCGGGGAGCGAAGAGGCGGAAGAGCGAGGGCUCGAUGGAGGCUCGCGGAGAAAGACAGAUUGGUCGAUGCUCACGCCCUCCAUCCGCCGACCACCUUCUCUGCUGCUGGGGUCGCACGACCCUCGAAAACUCGGCGAUGGGGGAGGCGAUGGAUCGGCCGCCGGUUCGGCGGGGGGAGAGUCGAGCGGGUCCUCUCUGCGGGGGAAUAAGAGAAAAUCGUUCAGUUCCUCGGGGUCUCUGGCGGUGGCGGUUGACGAGGCGGCUACUGCUGCUGCAGCGCACGCAGGCGGGGCGGACGAUAACGGCGGACCCGAGCGGGGGCUCACACCCCUUGCCGUCCCCGUCGGGAAGAGGCGACACGCUCCGCGCUUCCGCCUUUCCGGCGACUCCGGCUCCCGCGCCAGCGCCGGCGGCGACGGCAGCGCCGCCGCCGCCGCUGUCGCCGCUCCCGACCACCGCUACCGCCGCCGCCGCGGUUAGCGGUAACCAACCCCCACCAGCCCAACAGGCGGCUUCCUCCUUGGCGGGUGGUACCCCCGUAGGCAGCGGCGGCGGCGGCGGCGGUGGCGGUGGUGGUGGUGGAGCUCCCGGUGUUAACGUCAUGGUGCCCACCGUGCCCGCCGUGCCAGCGGUGGCAGCGGCAGCGGGGGCGGCGGCGGCGGCUGGGCCGUUGCCCUUCGGCCACGCGGCGCCGACGAUGCCGCCGGCCGCGCCUCCGGGGAUCGGCCUUGUGGAGCCGGGCGUAGGCAGCAUCAACAGCAACGUCUACGGGGGCGGGUCGGUGGCGGAGGGCGUCAUGUCCUCGGCAUCACUCCUCCCCGGGGUGCCGAUCACGGCGACGGCGGUGCCCCCGUCCGCGGCCGCCGCCGCUGCGGGAUCGGCAGCGGGCACGGAGGCGGCACGAUGCGGCGGCGGCGGCGGUGGCGACGCGUCUUCUCCGCAAAACCUGCGGAUUACUGUCUCUUCUUCCCAGGACGCCGUGGCUCCGCCUGCCGCCGCUGCCGCCAGCGGGACCGUCACGCCCGCGCGGGGCGCCGGGGCUGCUGCUGUAGCGGGGGGCAACAGCAGCAGCGAUCACGGGACCGGUGACGCCGCGGGGAGCGCGGACGGGUCUAGGCUCGAGAGGGCGUCGAGUUCCGCUUCGGGGAUCAUGCCGUCCGAGAUCAUCGCGCCAACGUUCCGCAUCGUGGUCGAUGCGGCGGCGGCCCGCGGAGGUGAGGGAGCGGCGGCAGCAGCGGGUCCUGUCGCGGCGAAGACGGCCGGUGCCGGCGGGGGCGGGGAGGGGAGGCGGGGCGAGAGCGGGGAUAGCAGCGACGAGGACACGGACGACGAAGCUUUCGCACACCGACACACGGAGCACCUUGCGCGAAUGAAGGCCAAGAUUGAGGCAGCGAGACGAGCCCGUGAGCUAGCGAGCCCCCGACCGCACACCAAGAAACGCACAUCCUCCUUUGCGGGGGGUAGGUCUACCCCGAGGUCGUCAUCGCAUGGCGGCAGCAGCGGUGGCGGCAGCGGUAGCGGUAGCGGCGGUGGCGGUGGAUGGGCCGCGGUUGCCGGGGCGAACUCUAGAGGGGCGGCCGGGAGGCGGGCGGCGGCGGCCAGGACGAAGGCGCGCUCUGGAUCGGAGUCCGGGAGCAGGAGCAGCACGGGGGGCGGCAGCGGCGGCGGCGGCGGUGGUGGGUGGGGCGUCGGUUCCCUCGAGGUCAGCUGCUCCUCCACCUCCUUCUCCAUUAGCGCUACCUACUCCGGACGCCUCCGUCGCCGUGGGUGA